AUGUGUUAUUCGGGUCACUGUGCUCUGCAGAUUGCCUACGGUGCGACGGGUCGAACGGAUAGAGACGGAAUGAAGUCGAGCCGGGUGCUUCCGAUCGCAUGGCAUGAUAAUAGCGUAACCGGAUGUUGCGGUGCGGAGAGCGACGUCGAGCAGCAUCCGACAACAUCCUUUGCAUUUCAGUCGAUGACGAUCCAUGGCGUGUCAUACAGUGGAGGAUCCCGUGACAUCAGCCAAGUUUCGUCUCCGUCGUCACGCGAAAUGAGCAAUAAUUCAAUCUCCUCGCGUGUGGACGAGGCUCUCAUAGAUGCAGCCGUCGAAGAAAGGAAUUCGUUUGCAACUGCCCAUCGUGGCGGCUCUAUGAUCAGACGAUUUCUGACGUCAGUUUUCUCGUCUUCAAAUGCUCGUCCUGCCGUUCGUGCAGAUUCCUUUCAGAUACAUUCAUUUACACCAGUAGUUUCCACGAGCUCCUCCGACUCUCUAUCGCCGUCGUCUCCAGCUGUGAAUUACCGUGGUUGGACGCGUUCACCUCGAAGUUCAUCGAGGGAGGCACCGGUUGCUGAGGAUGUUGGGGAGUCGUCAGCGGCUCCUACAGGUCGUUCGUUGCCUGGCGCCGCUUGGAGCAGCAGUCAUCCAGGUGGCACAAUUAUCAGACGUCCGAUACGUCUGGAUUCUUACGCGCAGCAUAUUCCUCCACCAGCACGAAUGCGUACUUUGGCAAUAGGACGGAUGCCGAAUGUUACACUUAAGUCUUUCGAGCCGCAAGUUGACACGCCCUCUAGGUCUUCUGAUAGUCACACAUCUGACAGCCCAUACGAAACGGACAAGGAUAGUAGAGACCACACGCAAAGCUCGAGAGCCUAUUCGCUGUGCUCGCCUGGCGUGCAUGGGGGUCGUGGUGAUGCCCUUCGGGGCCGACGCUUAACCAAGUCACGACAAGCUGGCACCCAACGCGCGCGACGCCGGAAGAUGUUUCGGUACCUGCGGGCCAAGAACUUAGUAGAAGCCAAGUCAGGGACACCUCACAGUGCGGAGUCACGGGAACUAACUGCACGUAGUGAUUCUUUGCUUUCAUCAUCGAAUUCCGUCUCCACUGCGAGGUCCGUACAUACUUUAUCGCGUGACAGUCCUCAUGCGAUGGCAGCAUUUUCGGCUGUCCCUCGCCUAAAUUUGUUUUGGCUGCAGAGAAGUGGUGGAAGCAGCCCAUCUGCUGCCGCUUCCUCGAUGAAUCCGGAAGAAAAGAAGGCUGACGUGUACCGAUCGCUGUUUUACAACGAAGGCGAGGAGACCAUCCGACUCGAAACUUUUCUUCGGACGAAGCAGCACACAGUGGGUGCAAGGUCAACUUCAGAGUCACAUUUCGACCAAACAGAACUGCAAAGUGAGCCAAAGAAACAGCUGUGCGAACGUUUAGUUGGAGUAAAAUCAGUGACGACGGUUCGAACUCAGCCGGAAGUCACAACGGUAGGGGAUGAAGCGGGUAGGAAGGAGUCGACAUCCCGUCUGCCUGGCCAGAAGCCAGCAGCGCCGCGUGAACGUGAGUCGCUAAGAACCAGCCAACGAAACAUCGACCGCGAAGUCCUGGAGGGACCGGAUUUAUCAGUCUACCACGGAUUGUCUGAUAACAGUGUGUCAGAAUAUCGCUUCGGUAGUAAGUUAUCGCCGCCUCACGCGGUACGUCCCUACCACUAUGAAAUGUUGGACAUCCCGAGCAUCCGGCGUGUGGAGUUGCAAGGUGCGCAGGUCCGUAUGCCAAUGGCCAAAGAGCUCGUACGCGAUUGGGGUUCUGUCGUCCAGCAGCAGACGACUUCUGAUUCUUCUAGUGACACACCAGCUAUCCGCAGUCGCUCUGCUGAAGCACUCUGUGUCUUUUCGACGCCUUGUACAGCAGACAGCGACCAACGUAUGAAAGGCGCCAUUACCCACAGUCAUAUCAUACGCCGAGGGACAGCGCCAGCCAAAAGAGAAAAACCUCUCAAAAGUACAUUUAUCUGGGGCACUACAGUGGAAGACAGAAACCACCCCAUCAGCCCAGACCCGUUCUCAAGGCUGCAGGGAUGUGGCCAGACCCUCCAGGACGAGCUCCCAUCAGCUCGCACUAGACCGGGAUGGGCCGCAUUGGACUCCAGCCUGAAAAACAAGGACCCGCAGAUUAGCGCAGGAGACGAAGCCGCGAAGGUCGAGCACACGUCAGCGGAACCUUGCCUGGGAACGGUACCGUCCUUUUGUCGGCUUGUAAGAAGUCACGACUUGCUAGAGGCUGGAGCGCAGGUUCGUGUGCUUGGGCCAACGACAGACCCGGAGACAGAGACCGCUUCUCAGCUCCAGACAACUGAGCUUGCCACGCUGACAACUGUGGAUCCAUCGUUGUCGGAAAUGAGCCGGUCAGUCCGAGUGGUGCCCAGAGAAAUGGUUGAAGAUGAUGGACAAUUCGGGUUGUCUGUCUCUAUGCGAGAGGCGUGCGCAGCGGCUUCCGGGAAAAACAUAAAUUUCGAGAUAAAAACCACGGCGCCGUACAAGGGCACAUCUCUGUUUAAGGCGGGAGCAAGACGCAAGAGUUCAGACGGGAGCUGCCCGCCUCCUAUUGAAUCGAUUGACAGGUCAACGGAUGUGGCAACUGAUCACAGUGGCAGACGAUUUGACACUCCCACGAUUCCAAAGUCCUGUCUACGCCCUGAACAGAUUACUGCCUUGGAGCGCAAACAACCCCCUGCGGAAUCCGACGGCCGCACAGCUCCAGCGGUAUCACACAUUCAAGAGAUCACUCCCGCAGACUCACCUUCAAGGCACGAAUACAGCCAGACUGCCAGACGACAGCGCCAACAACCCCCAACACCGGGAACCCGUCACCCUCAGUCUGGAGCGCGAGCUCAUAUAGCAGACGGUGCGGGACAGCAUAGCGAAAAGGAUGUACAUCUUCCCAUGGAAAAAGAACAGGCGCAGGCGACGCGGUUGCCCGACGCUCCGGUGGAGACUUCCUUGGAGUCGCAACAGAGGACCGCAGAUGCCCAAAACGCGCCCGAUGUGUGCGAGACUGUGGGGAGAGCAGGGGGCUUUGGGGGUGCGGAAUCUGGCGGGGAGGAGGCAGUUGUGUUUGGGCCGAUGACAGAGGCUGAGGCACAGGCGACGCGGUUGCCCGACGCUCCUGUCGAGACUUCCGUGGAGUCGCAGCAGGAGACCAGAGAUGCCCGAGAGGCGCCAGAUGUGUGCGAGACUAUGGAGAGAGCAGAGGGGUCUGAGGGUGCGGAAUCUGGUAGGGAGGAGGCACUUGUGUUUGGGCCGAUGACUGAGGCUGAGGCGCAGGCGACGCGGUUGCCCGACGCUCCUGUCGAGACUUCCGUGGAGUCGCAGCAGGAGACCAGAGAUGCCCGAAAGGCGCCAGAUGUGUGCGAGACUAUGGAGAGAGCAGAGGGGUCUGGGGGUGCGGAAUCUGGUGGGGAGGAGGCAGUUGUGUUUGGGCCGAUGACAGAGGCUGAGGCGCAGGCGACGCGGUUGCCCGACGCUCCUGUCGAGACUUCCUUGGAGUCGCAACAGAGGACCGGAGAUGCCCAAAACGCGCCAGAUGUGUGCGAGACUGUGGAGAGAGCAGAGGGGUCUGGGGGUGCGGAAUCUGGUAGGAAGGAGGCAGUUGUGUUUGGGCCGAUGACAGAGGCUGAGGCGCAGGCGACGCGGUUGCCCGACGCUCCUGUCGAGACUUCCUUGGAGUCGCAACAGAGGACCGGAGAUGCCCAAAACGCGCCAGAUGUGUGCGAGACUGUUGGGAGAGCAGAGGGCUCUGGGGGUCCGGAAUCUGGUGGGGAGGAGGCAGUUGUGUUUGGGCCGAUGACAGAGGCUGAGGCGCAGGCGACGCGGUUGCCCGACGCUCCGGUGGAGACUUCCUUGGAGUCGCAGCAGAAGACCAGAGAUGCCCGAAAGGCGCCAGAUGUGUGCGAGACUGUGGCGAGAGCAGAGGGGUCUGAGGGUGCGGAAUCUGCUAGGAAGGAGGCAGUUGUGUUUGGGCCGAUGACAGAGGCUGAGGCGCAGGCGACGCGGUUGCCCGACGCUCCGGUGAAGACGUCCGUGGAGUCGCAGCAGGAGACCAGAGAUGCCCGAAAGGCGCCAGAUGUGUGCGAGACUAUGGAGAGAGCAGAGGGGUCUGAGGGUGCGGAAUCUGCUAGGAAGGAGGCAGUUGUGUUUGGGCCGAUGACAGAGGCUGAGGCGCAGGCGACGCGGUUGCCCGACGCUCCGGUGGAGACUUCCUUGGAGUCGCAGCAGGAGACCAGAGAUGCCCGAAAGGCGCCAGAUGUGUGCGAGACUAUGGACACAGCAGAGGGGUCUGAGGGUGCGGAAUCUGGUGGGGAGGAGGCAGUUGUGUUUGGGCCGAUGACAGAGGCUGAGGCGCAGGCGACGCGGUUGCCCGACGCUCCGGUGAAGACGUCCGUGAAGUCGCAGCAGAAGACCAGAGAUGCCCGAAAGGCGCCAGAUGUGUGCGAGACUAUGGAGAGAGCAGAGGGGUCUGAGGGUGCGGAAUCUGCUAGGAAGGAGGCAGUUGUUUUUGGACCGAUGACAGAGGCUGAGGCGCAGGCGACGCGGUUGCCCGACGCUCCGGUGAAGACGUCCGUGGAGUCGCAGCAGAAGACCAGAGAUGCCCGAAAGGCGCCAGAUGUGUGCGAGACUGUGGCGAGAACAGAGGGGUCUGAGGGUGCGGAAUCUGCUAGGAAGGAGGCAGUUGUGUUUGGGCCGAUGACAGAGGCUGAGGCGCAGGCGACGCGGUUGCCCGACGCUCCUGUCGAGACUUCCGUGGAGUCGCAGCAGGAGACCAGAGAUGCCCGAAAGGCGCCAGAUGUGUGCGAGACUAUGGAGAGAGCAGAGGGGUCUGAGGGUGCGGAAUCUGCUAGGAAGGAGGCAGUUGUGUUUGGGCCGAUGACAGAGGCUGAGGCGCAGGCGACGCGGUUGCCCGACGCUCCUGUCGAGACUUCCUUGGAGUCGCAACAGAGGACCGGAGAUGCCCAAAACGCGCCAGAUGUGUGCGAGACUGUUGGGAGAGCAGAGGGGUCUGAGGGUGCGGAAUCUGGUAGGGAGGAGGCAGUUGUGUUUGGACCGAUGACAGAGGCUGAGGCGCAGGCGACGCGGUUGCCCGACGCUCGUGUCGAGACGUCCGUGGAGUCGCAGCAAGGGACCAGAGAUGCCCGAAAGGCGCCAGAUGUGUGCGAGACUAUGGAGAGAGCAGAGGGGUCUGAGGGUGCGCAAUCUGGUAGGGAGGAGGCAGUUGUGUUUGGGCCGAUGACAGAGGCUGAGGCGCAGGCGACGCGGUUGCCCGACGCUCCGGUCGAGACGUCCGUGGAGUCGCAGCAGGCGACCAGAGAUGCCCAAAUGGCGCCAGAUGUGUGCGAGACUGUGGGGACAGCAGAGGGGUCUGAGGGUGCGGAAUCUGGUAGGAAGGAGGCAGUUGUGUUUGGGCCGAUGACAGAGGCUGAGGCGCAGGCGACGCGGUUGCCCGACGCUCCGGUGGAGACUUCCUUGGAGUCGCAGCAGGAGACCAGAGAUGCCCGAAAGGCGCCAGAUGUGUGCGAGCCUAUGGACACAGCAGAGGGGUCUGAGGGUGCGGAAUCUGGUGGGGAGGAGGCAGUUGUGUUUGGGCCGAUGACAGAGGCUGAGGCGCAGGCGACGCGGUUGCCCGACGCUCGUGUCGAGACGUCCGUGGAGUCGCAGCAAGGGACCAGAGAUGACCGAAAGGCGCCAGAUGUGUGCGAGACUAUGGAGAGAGCAGAGGGGUCUGAGGGUGCGCAAUCUGGUAGGGAGGAGGCAGUUGUGUUUGGGCCGAUGACAGAGGCUGAGGCGCAGGCGACGCGGUUGCCCGACGCUCGUGUCGAGACGUCCGCGGAGCCGAAACAGGCGGUCAGAGAUGCCCAAAUGGCGUCAAACGUUGGCGAUAGUGUAGGGACAGCUGAGCAGUCUGAGGGUGCGGAAUCUGCUAGGAAGGAGGCAGUUGUUUUUGGACCGAUGACAGAGGCUGAGGCGCAGGCGACGCGGUUGCCCGACGCUCCGGUGAAGACGUCCGUGGAGUCGCAGCAGAAGACCAGAGAUGCCCGAAAGGCGCCAGAUGUGUGCGAGACUGUGGCGAGAACAGAGGGGUCUGAGGAACGCCUUGCCGUGAAUCAGGGGAGCUGUCAAAUGGGAAGUGUCAAGAACAUCCAUCCAGGUCCUGGCAAUGAAAUUCAGUCUUCGGCGGGUGAAGGCGCUUCCUGCGUCGCCAAUGUAAGGGGCCGGCUGCAGGACCCCCAGACGUGCACUCCGAGCGUUUCCUGGAUGUCGGCCUUAAUCGAGCUCAUGAACGCUACUGGAGUUUUGCAGCACCCCGUUCAGAAUGCUGCCCUCUGGAAGGAGGCAGUUGUGUUUGGGCCGAUGACAGAGGCUGAGGCGCAGGCGACGCGGUUGCCCGACGCUCCUGUCGAGACUUCCUUGGAGUCGCAACAGAGGACCGGAGAUGCCCAAAACGCGCCAGAUGUGUGCGAGACUGUUGGGAGAGCAGAGGGGUCUGGGGGUGCGAAAUCUGGUGGGGAGGAGGCAGUUGUGUUUGGGCCGAUGACAGAGGCUGAGGCGCAGGCGACGCGGUUGCCCGACGCUCCUGUCGAGACUUCCGUGGAGUCGCAGCAGGAGACCAGAGAUGCCCGAAAGGCGCCAGAUGUGUGCGAGACUAUGGAGAAAGCACAGGGGUCUGGAGGUGCGGAAUCUGGUAGGGAGGAGGCAGUUGUGUUUGGGCCGAUGACAGAGGCUGAGGCGCAGGCGACGCGGUUGCCCGACGCUCCGGUGGAGACUUCCUUGGAGUCGCAGCAGGAGACCAGAGAUGCCCGAAAGGCGCCAGAUGUGUGCGAGCCUAUGGACACAGCAGAGGGGUCUGAGGGUGCGGAAUCUGGUAGGGAGGAGGCAGUUGUGUUUGGGCCGAUGACAGAGGCUGAGGCGCAGGCGACGCGGUUGCCCGACGCUCCUGUCGAGACUUCCUUGGAGUCGCAACAGAGGACCGGAGAUGCCCAAAACGCGCCAGAUGUGUGCGAGACUGUGGAGAGAGCAGAGGGGCCUGGGGGUGCGGAAUCUGGUGGGGAGGAGGCAGUUGUGUUUGGACCGAUGACAGAGGCUGAGGCGCAGGCGACGCGGUUGCCCGACGCUCCUGUCGAGACUUCCUUGGAGUCGCAACAUAGGACCGGAGAUGCCCAAAACGCGCCAGAUGUGUGCGCGACUGUGGAGAGAGCAGAGGGGUCUGGGGGUCCGGAAUCUGGUAGGAAGGAGGCAGUUGUGUUUGGGCCGAUGACAGAGGCUGAGGCGCAGGCGACGCGGUUGCCCGACGCUCGUGUCGAGACGUCCGCGGAGCCGAGACAGGCGGCCAGAGAUGCCCAAAUGGCGCCAAGCGUUGGCGAUAGUGUAGGGACAGCUGAGCAGUCUGAGGGUGCGGAAUCUGGUGGGGAGGAGGCAGUUGUUUUUGGACCGAUGACAGAGGCUGAGGCGCAGGCGAGGGGGCUCCCCGACGCUCCUGUCGAGACUUCCUUGGAGUCGCAACAGAGGACCGGAGAUGCCCAAAACGCGCCAGAUGUGUGCGAGACUGUUUGGAGAGCAGAGGGGUCUGGGGGUGCGGAAUCUGGUAGGAAGGAGGCAGUUGUGUUUCGGCCGAUGACAGAGGCUGAGGCGCAGGCGACGCGGUUGCCCGACGCUCCUGUCGAGACGUCCGCGGAGCCGAGACAGGCGGCCAGAGAUGCCCAAAUGGCGCCAAGCGUUGGCGAUAGUGUAGGGACAGCUGAGCAGUCUGAGGGUGCGGAAUCUGGUGGGGAGGAGGCAGUUGUUUUUGGACCGAUGACAGAGGCUGAGGCGCAGGCGAGGGGGCUCCCCGACGCUGCUGUCCAGACGUCCGUGGAGCGAAAGCCGGUUUCGCGAGAAUUGAAGGACCAGCGUUUGUUGCGCCAUAUUGAGGCGUCAGGUGAAAGGGGUAGGGGUCCUGAAAAGGCUGGUGUGUCGGUUUGGAGGGCGAGGAAUGUGAUGGAGGAAUGCGGUCCCGACCGAAAUGCGGUGGAGGGGCGGUCUUGUUCACAGAGUGAUCUGUUUGAGUUGCAUGACGGUGCAGUAUGCCACAUUCAGACUGAGAUGGGUGAGGGCGGUUUGAAGGGUUCCGAGUCCAAAGAUCUGCGUCAGUUGCCGUUGGGUUGGAUCGGGAGUAGUGUCUCGGGUGUGGUUGCCGGGGUGAGUACUGGUACUUUUGCUGUCCCUGUGGCACCAUGCCCUACUGAAGGUGGUGAACCGAAUGAGCCGACAAGGGAAGUUUACACGCAUAGGUCCGUUACAGGGUGCUUUGCAAGGACAGAAAAACAAGAACAUUCAGGGCCAAUGUCUGCCGACGCGGCUGAAGAAUUAAGGAUGACUCGCGACGCUUUAUCUGUUUUCUCAUCCCCUCCAUCGUCCCCACGAUCUGUGCAGUUGCUGAAUCAUGCCCGGUCGCAUCCUGAAGUCCCGCGACUCGACUUGUAUUGGCUGAAAAAAGGAGGCCGAAGACGCCCAAUUAAGACCCGCAGUGACCUAGAGUUAUGUACGCCAACACAAGUGACGGGGCAAGCGCUCCCGCGGAUUGCCACGGUAGACGCUAUCCCAGUCAUUCAAGCGUGUGACGGUCCUGAGGCAAUUAAGGCAGGUAUCAUUGCUUCUCUGUUUGAAGAUGAUUUGUCCGAGUUCGAAUCCCUGCCUAAGCAGAGCGAAGUUUCUGUCUCUUCAGUUUCCGACGCAGUGACACCUGCGGUUCUGUGCCACGAUGCGUCGUCACCUGCCUCUUCCUUCAAGCCACGCAACAUUGUACAGGCUUCUCGACCUCAGCAUCACCAGAGCUUGCGCAGCUCAGCAGGGUCCGCACAGACAGCAGCGGCGCGUUCCCGUCUCCAUACCCAAGGUGUGGCAGCAGAAUCAAAGACGGAAAGCUCGGGUAACCCUUUUGCGAUCGCAAUGCAGAAUGUGGAGCAGAAUGGUGGAGGACAUGCGCCCAGCUCCCUCGAUCGUGCUCACCGUGUCGAGACAGCAACUUCCUCUCAGCAAGCUGCUGCAUCGGUCCUGCGAAAGCGUGCCUCUGACAGGUCCGAAUCGGAUCCUGCCGUGUUCGAUGGUGUUUCAAGUCAGUAUGGAAUGGGUCUUGAAUCCCUCAAAAAAACCGGAACAGUAGUAGAGGCUGCAAAUCCAUGUUCCAGUGCAGGGUAUGAAAGGUUCUCGAGUACGCUGUCUUCUACUAACAUGCCGAUAAGUGCUUCUUCCCGUUCGCAGUCACAAUCGGCGCUGGUGGAUGGUUUGAGGCGGUCGUCCUGGAACCUGAGCGACGAUGUGCACGCUGCUAAAGCGGCUACAACAGAACGAGGCAGUGCAAGAACUCGAGGGACGCAGCAGUUGGUCGGGGAGAAGGACAAGAAGGCAAGCGUCUCACUUCCCGUACAAGAAAAAGCGGACCAAGGAAUCGUUACUCUCGGAAUGCCUAGAGAGGCCAAAGGCCGCUUUCCGGUCCCGACGUCCACAGCUGAAGCCCCAGGGGAUUCUUUGUGUGUUGACGACGCCGGUGGUACCUCAGCGUUAUUUGCAAACCAUAAGGAAGCAAUUCUAUCGAAAAAGAAGACGCAAACAGAACAACCUAAAGAGGCGGAACAUUGGGGAGGCGGGGACACGAAACUCAAGAAGGCGUCUAAAGACGAGCGGAGGACCCCUUUUAUUUCCCGAAGUGAGGCAAUGUUCGGCACUUUGUCCGGUGGCCCAGUCUCAAUGUCCUGUCGUUGCAAGGACGACAGCGAAGGUGUACCUGGGCGACGCCUAGCUAAGGCCUGUGAAACCAAGGCCGGAGCUGUUGGCAACACCUUUAAUUCUGGCGAAGCACGGGAAACGGUGGACAUGGCCCAGACUAGCGCGAACCAAGGCACAGGUGAAGUGCCACAAGCAAGGCCUGCCGUAGAACAUCCUCUGGUAACGAGGGAAAAUCAAAUAAAUGAGGCGUCCGAUGGCGCGGAUUUUUUCGGUGAAAAAGCGUUAGGACAAGAACGUGCAGCCCCCGCUCAGGAACCAAAGGAUGGUGAUCGAAGCAGGGUCUCCUUGCAACAACCUGAGAUCGAAGGGUCGUCAAAGAGCAAGCAGAUUCGGAGGCAGAGUGUUUCUGGCAUUUCACAUCCACCGGCCCUGGCAGUGGCAUCUUCCCAACGUGAAAAGCUUGGCAGAAUCUCUCGGACGCCAAAAGGGAAGACAGGUCACCUCGAAAAACAAUCGGUCCAGAGAACUGCCUUACUUUCAGAACCUGCUGAAGGGGCCAGAGUUCUUAUGGCUGAGAAUCGUCGACAAAAAAUAACACCUGGAGUGUGUCUACAAGCCGCGCAAGCUAAUGCUCGAGUAGACUCUGCGAUUCAACGUUUCAAACAGGGAGUCCCUGCGAGAGAGAAAGGGGUUCAGCUGACGUCAGUGGAUGCGGCAUCUGACAGAAAACCUUUGAUCGACGAAACCACAUCGUCACAAGACAUAGAGGUUAGCAAACGACCCAGAAUCCCAAAGAGCCUGUCAGUGGCUCGACCAGCUGAUAAAGCAAGAAGCAAGCCAGCAGCGAGCUCCACGAGUGUCACAACGGUGGAGAGCUCCAAGAUCAGGAACGAGUCCUCGACGCGGCCGUCGGCACCUGCUCCCAAACUGUCUGAUGUCGCAGGACGAGAGACGCCUGUUGAAUGCAUGAACGUGAGCGAGAGACAAAGCCGCCUGACCCUCCCGAAGGCGGGUGUAGGUGAGGACGUGUCGGCUGUGCGUGCAAGAGUAGCGCGCAGUUCAGCGUCUAUUUUCGGUUUUCGUAGAAAUGCACAGGAGCAUCUGGACGGUGGUCGCGAAGUGUCCGUCCAAAGAGGCCGGGGGACAGAACCUAGGCAGUUAGGAAAGAAAGCGUUUAUUUCCUGGGCGGCGCAUCGGGAAAACUUGCAGCCGACGGGAAUGAAGAAUCCAUCUAAGCCGUUGCAACCGAAGUACCCUGUAGCCGCCUCUGAUAUUUUAAUUUCACGCACCAGGCAACACGUCAGCGAGGACUCAGUUUCAAUCGACAGCGAAGGUCAGGAGCAUCGUGCCGCCGCUCAAAGAGAAGCUGUGCCGCAGACUGUCCACCCGGUAUCCAGGUCGCUGCAGGUGUUCCGGAUUCCUACGAUUAGAACCCAGCGUUUUGGAGUUCGUGGCUCGGUCCACAAUCCCUCAGUCGCAGAGUCCAAAGCGAGUGAUUCACAAGAACAGCGAAGUGUUUCCUCAUCCGCAUCACCUCCCGUUGCUGAGCCAUCGACUCAGAACAUUGAGCGCAGGCAGGCGUCAGAACGAGUGAAUAACCCGGAUACGCAAUGCGUCAAAGGACGGAGUGCCGAGAGAAAAGAAACUGGCCGAUGUCUAUCUGCACACGCCAGAGCGUCGAUGCAACCGGCGAAGGCCCUGAAGGUGGACAGUAGAUACACGAUUGCAAAAGUUGGCUCUGCACAUGCUAAACGGAAGCUGGAGAACACUGCGGUGCGAGGUCUAUCAAGUGCAUGCGACGUCGCCAGCGCCGUAAGCGAAAGGAAUCAGACACGGGCCACGAAGCACAAAGGAGAAGCGUCCAAGGCCGUUGCAUCGACGGCGAAAGCUGACUGCGUAGCUACUACACGGCACUUGUUUGACAGGGGAUCGGUACCAGAGUUUUCUGCCGGUCCGGUGGGUCCCAGAACUGCUGUCAAAAGCCAUGUUUCGGGCGCGAAGUCGCAUACAGAACCAACUGAAAUUAGCGCAAAGCUCAGUUUAAACGCAGUGAGACCCAGUCAAUCGAAGGAUAUGGCAAAUGUCAGGGAGAAUGUAUCCACCUCGCCAAGGUCAACGACCCAGGAAGUGUCAGGCUGUCAAGCGAAGAAUACACGGUUCGCCGUUUCAAAGCGAGUGGCUCCUACAUCGAUGCGCAGCGAAGCUGCUCAAUUCACAGGGCCUUCGUCCCACGCUCAUGAAGUGCCACAAGCGAAAACAAGUCGGACAACGCCUCCGUUAGAAGCCCUGAAAAAGCACCACGCGUUUCUACCGCGUAGCUCUCCGGGUACGAAACUGGCGAAUGGUCCGUUAACUGGAGGCAGUGCGGCGACAAAAAAAACUGAUACCGAUGCGCAAGAGCACGGAGGAGCUGUAUUGAAGAAACCUGUUCGAAGCGGAAUUCCACAUAUCUGUCCCCCCAUAUCCAGGCAGCGGCUGACUACGUCCGGAAACGAUCCCACAGAGGAAAAUGUCGGUGGAGAGGCAAACACUUCAGCAGGGCAGCGUCCGGCAGCACGCACAGCCUAUGGUGUGACGAAAGCUUCUAGUGUAUAUGGUCGUGCAAAGACCGUGAAACGCUUAGAAAAGUCCCCCUUAGAACUCGAAACUUCAGAUGAGAAACCCAUCCUACCUGAGGCCGCGAAGGCGUUGAUGCAACCAAGGCAGUGCCGUCUCGUUCCACUUCCGAAGACACAAGAAGAGAAGGCAGUUCGUCUGCAGGCAUGGUGGCGGGCAGAGCAGGUUCGCACGUGUCUCCGUGCGACUAGUUGUAUACGAGAGGCAAAACAUCCGUUCUUUCUCUCUGGUAGAACGGUUUUCCCAGAAAGAGAGUCGAGGGGUCUUGAUGGGGGUCGACCAUAUCCGGUAGAAGUCUCUUCCUCGGAUGCUCCAAAAUCAUUUGCUGCUAGUCGCCUGAAAAACUCCCCGGUUGCCGAGGCUGCCACAAAAAUUCACCCGGGCUUUUCUGUAGAGGAUGAUGCGGUUGGAAAGAAAGGCACGAGUUCUUCGGGUAGGUCGUGUCUGCUGGCGGCGUCGUUGAAAUGGGAUGAUGAUCCCUGGAGCGCAUGCAGCGCGGACACCGAAGCGGCCAUAUCGAGUUCGGCUGUGGUUGCAGCAAUUUUUUCAGGAGCCCGGCGCUCAUCGUCAACUUCGUGGAAGUCGCCACUGCACAGCGGAGACAACACAGGAAUCAAACGCGUGAGCAACGCCGCUCGUUCCGAAAGAGAUGAUUCAGAAAGCACUGGGAAUGGAGAGGAUCACACAAAGAAGGGGGAGCCUCGAGUCCGUGGUCUACCCAUGUCCAAAUUGGAUAAAGGGACUUCUGGUAUGCAUGCAGUGGGAAGCUCUGUAAUAAAUGGACGCGAAAGCCAGCCCUCGUCAAGAACGCGGAAACAAACAAGCUUCGGAAAGAUGGACAGCAGCCCUGAAAGUCUCUUUUCCAGGAGGACAGAGUUGCCGACGGCACUGGUGGAGAAAGAGGUGCUAGUGACGCACGCGUUGCCUUUAGAUCCGGGUACGGGGCUACGUGUGACGGAGAAUGAAACAUGGUCAGCAGCGGGACGGUGGAUAUCAUCAGGGCAUAGUAAAGAAGACGAGGGCCAGGUUGGCAGACGUCUCAGAACUGAAGUAACAUCGAACAAGGGCACGCGUCAGAAAUGUGAAGCAAGAGAGGUACGGCCUAGUGGUAACAACCAGGGAAGCAACGGAACCGAACACACGUUUGGUUUUCGUAUGCAACGUCGAGACAAGAGAUCUAUCGAAGACGCACACCAUAGGGAGAUCAAACACUGGCACGAAGUGGGAAAAUUCGAAGGACCACUCGAGAUGACACAGCAAAGGCGGACCGAACAUGGUACCGGCACGGGCAACGGGGUACGAAAUCAAAAUGAAAUGAGAGGCCACAUGUACAAUGCAGCAGAUGGCGAAUUGCGAGGAACAGAACAAUCCACGCUAGAACAAGCAGUCUGCAGGCCAACGGCACUUGCCAGGGAAAAUACGUUGGAAGCCCCGAGCACACAGUGUGAGACAGCGGCAAAGCCGCUAGAGGAGACAGAACGUGGGAGACGGGAAGCGGAGGAGGAGGAGGAAGUGUGUGUGAGGAGAGAGGGAGAGGAGAGGAGACGGCGAGAGGCAGAGGUGAAGCGGCGAGAGGAGACAGAACGGAGUAGAAGGGAAGCGGAGGAGGAAGAGGGUGUUAGGAGAGAGGAAGAGGAGACGAGACGGCGAGAGGCAGAGGUGAAGCGGCGAGAGGAGACAGAACGGAGUAGAAGGGAAGAGGAGGUAGAGGAGAGUGUGAGGAGAGAGGAAGAGGAGAGGAGACGGCGAGAGGCAGAGGCGAAGCCGCUAGAGGAGACAGAACGUGGGAGACGGGAAGAGGAGGAGGAGGGUAUGACGAGAGAGGAAGAGGAGAGGAGACGGCGAGAGGCAGAGGUGAAGCGGCGAGAGGAGACAGAACGGAGUAGAAGGGAAGCGGAGGAGGAGGACGAGGGUGUGAGGAGAGAGGAAGAGGAGAGGAGACUGCGAGAGGCAGAGGCGAAGCGGCGAGAGGAGACAGAACGGAGUAGAAGGGAAGAGGAGGUAGAGGAGAGUGUGAGGAGAGAGGAAGAGGAGAGGAGACGGCGAGAGGCAGAGGCGAAGCCGCUAGAGGAGACAGAACGUGGGAGACGGGAAGAGGAGGAGGAGGGUAUGACGAGAGAGGAAGAGGAGAGGAGACGGCGAGAGGCAGAGGUGAAGCGGCGAGAGGAGACAGAACGUAGUAGAAGGGAAGCGGAGCAGGAGGAGGAAGUGUGUGUGAGGAGAGAGGGAGAGGAGAGGAGACGGCGAGAGGCAGAGGCGAAGCGGCGAGAGGAGACAGAACGGAGUAGAAGGGAAGCGGAGGAGGAAGUGUGUGUUAGGAGAGAGGAAGAGGAGACGAGACGGCGAGAGGCAGAGGCGAAGUGGGGGGAUAAAGAUGAACCGAAGAACACAGUGGAACUGAACGGUCAAGGUGGACACGCGAAGAAUCAAAAGUUCAGGCAGGCGUUACAUGAAAAGGAAGCAAUAAAGGAUAUACGGCAGAUGAAAGGGAGUUCUGCGGGUGGCGACGUCGAGGAGGUACUAGAGGGACAUGUCAGUCCCAGACCAGAUCUGGCAAGGACGAAAAAAAUUGAGAACGGUACCCCAAACCCGGAUGCCCUACGAGCACCGUCAGAUAGAUCAGACCCACCCCGGAUAUCUUUUUUCCUUUCCUCUUCUGCAUACUCCCCCGUGACCGUCAGCAGCAAUAGCAGCCGAGUACUAGCAGGUAGUUCAGAUGAAGAAGAAAAUCUUCUCUCUCAGAUUAUUUGCAACAAGAAGGCAGAGUUGGAGGUUGCUGCGCCUCUGCCUCUACUUGCCGCGACAACAGAGGAACUUCCAGCUUCCACUUCAGCUAUCAAUGAUUCGUCAGUAGGUGUCGGCGACAUGGCCGUAUCAGCGGAACAACUGUCCUUCGUAGAUGGCCAGCGCCGGUAUCACCGGCGUAAGGCUCUGACAGGAAAACAUCGGGCAGAGAGCGGCAGAGCAAGGACGUCGCCGAUAGAUAUGUUUGAGAUACAAGAACGCCAACGUGUGGAUGUAAUGGUGUUGCCUCCCACGCGGGAAGACUCGGACGUUGCUAUGCCGGAUACAAGACAAAUGGACUCAAGUUCCCAUGUAAUCGAACGUCACAUGUAUCCGGUUUUGCCAGAGACGAAGAAAUUUGGACGAAUGCGACGUGUCCCUGUUGCGCACAAUACCACAGUCCUUGGAGGUCGGGCGACUAGAACGGAUAGCAGUUCUGGAGGUUUGGGUUUCUUUGGUCGGUUGCUACGAGAUAGCGAUACUAAGCGGUUCGAUUCAUAAGGGGAUGAACUACGAGACGGAUAGACAAGAUGUUGCCAAAAUCGUUAUUUCUGUUGUUCCGGGUUGUGCCUGAAGCGGAUGCUUCCACACCCACACAAAUCCUUUACGUCCGGUAAAAACGCUGCAGCAGUUCACGAACAGCACGUGACCCGUCAAAUAUGGCACAUGACAGUGAUGACGUCUGUGACGCUCAGUGAACAGUGACGUCUCUUGAUUUACUUGCGAGUGUCGCAAGUGUAUGAUUGGCAAUUCCGGAUGGACCUGAACUCAGAGGGGUUUCCAAAUGUCAAAUA